UGUUCUCAUUCACUCCCUGCCUUUUUUCUCCACACUUCUUCACUCACUUCCUCACCGCCGCCAGCCACUCAAUCCCCAAAACUCCACUCAAAAAUGUUGGCGGCGAACCCUCCCAAAUGCCCCUUCUUCCUCACUCAGGCCUCGCCGUCACCGUCGCCGUCGUUCAGAAUCCUCUGCUCUGCUUCGCCGUCGGCGUCGGCGGCGGAGGAGAGGAGAGAGAUUCGGCUGGGACUGCCGAGCAAAGGCCGCAUGGCCGCCGACACUCUGGAUCUCCUCAAGGACUGCCAGCUGUCCGUCAAGCACGUCAAUCCUCGCCAGUACGUCGCCAAAAUCCCUGAGCUUUCGAAUUUGGAAGUGUGGUUUCAAAGGCCCAAGGACAUUGUCAGGAAGUUGCUUUCUGGCGAUUUGGACCUCGGCAUUGCCGGUCUCGACACCGUCAGUGAAUAUGCACAGGGGAGUGAAGAUCUUAUAAUUAUUCAUGAUGCUCUUGGGUAUGGGGAGUGCCACUUAUCCCUUGCAAUACCAAAAUAUGGGAUUUUUGAGAACAUUAAUUCACUUAAUGAGCUGUCACAAAUGCCUCAAUGGACUAAAGAGAAACCUCUACGAGUUGCUACUGGCUUCACCUAUUUGGGUCCUAAAUUUGUAAAAGAAAAUGGACUGGAGCAUGUGAGUUUUUCAACAGCUGAUGGAGCACUUGAGGCAGCUCCAGCGAUGGGGAUAGCUGAUGCAAUUUUGGACCUUGUGAGUAGUGGGAUAACACUGAAAGAAAACAAUUUGAAAGAGAUCGAGGGAGGAGUUGUGUUGCGAAGUCAAGCAGUUCUUGUUGCAAGCAAGAGAUCCUUGCUCAAAAUGAAAAGUGCACUUGAUACGACACAUGAGAUUCUAGAAAGAUUGGAGGCACAUCUAAAGGCAGAGGGUCAGUACCAGGUGGUUGCAAAUAUGAGGGGAAAUAGUGCACAAGAAGUGGCUGAGCGAGUCCUUAGCCAGCCAUCAUUAGCUGGUUUGCAGGGACCCACUGUUAGUACAGUGUAUUGCAAACGUGAUGGGAAAAUAACUGCAGAUUACUAUGCCAUUGUCAUAUGUGUACCCAAAAAGGCCCUCUACAAGUCUGUACAACAAUUGAGAGCGAUCGGAGGUAGUGGGGUUCUAUAUUCUCCUUUGACUUACAUUUUUGAUGAAGAAACUCCGAGAUGGCGUGAACUCCUCUCAAAACUUGGCCUCUGAUUGUCUGUGUUGUACGUAUGCCCUUGGAGACUUUGUUGCAUAUUGUAGCUAUAUCAAUAUCAAUGCUAAAGAUUUUGUUGAGCACAUCUUUGAUACCUGCAAAUGGUAAAGAGCGGAACUGAGGCAUGAGGAUUUUAUUUGAAAAGUCGGAUCUAUGUGAGUUGAAAGUGGACAACGUAGUCGUACUGGUCAUGUCAGACAUGUUUUGUAUGUCGUAAGCAAUUUUUCUCAAUUCUUAGGUUCCUGUUAUAUAGCUGAAAUCUACACCCAGUUUGGUUAAAUUAUGAUGCAAGCUCUUGUAACGAAGAACAAGAGCCAAAGUUUUCCCUUUCA